AUGAACGACACGGGCAUAUUCUGCAGGAACAACCAAACAGCCAACCUGACAGACCCGGCGUGUCUGAACUCAACCCGCCCGUCCUACAACCACAUAGACAUCACCACGUUCAUGCACACAUUCCCCACCAUCUACGGCAUCCUGUGCUCGGUUGGAGUUAUUGCCAACGGACUGGUCAUCUACGCGGUGGCGGCAUGCAAGAAGAAGAUGGUCUCCGACAUCUACGUGCUGAACUUGGCCAUAGCGGACAUGCUGUUCCUGCUGGUGAUGCCCUUCAACAUCCACCAGCUGGUCAGAGACCGACAGUGGGUGUUCGGAAACUUUAUGUGCAAAGCGGUGGUGGUGGUGGACGUGAGCAACCAGUUCACCACAGUGGGGAUUGUUACUGUGCUGUGCAUUGACCGGUACAUAGCCAUCGUCCACCCCACCUCGGAGAGAAGGACCAUCAGCUGGACCAUCAUGAUCAACAUACUAGUGUGGCUUGGAAGCUUCCUCCUCACCGUGCCCGUCAUGAUGUUCGCCAAGGUGGAGCGUAGGCAGCAUUUGGAGGUCUGCAUGAUGAACCUAGACGGACCUGAGGACAUGUACUGGUACACGUUCUACCAGUCCAUCCUUGGCUACAUCAUCCCCCUCAUCAUCAUCAGCACCUUUUACUCGCUCACCCUCUACCACGUCUUCAGCUCCAUCCGCCGGGUUAAACGCAAGCAGUCCGUCUGGGCUAAAAGAGCCACCAAGAUGGUGCUGAUGGUCAUCGCGUUGUUCCUGAUCUGCUGGUCGCCCUACCACGUCAUCCAGGUGAUCAACCUGAGCAACAACACGCCGACCAUCACCUUCAUCUACGCCUACCACAUCAGCAUCUGCCUCAGCUACUCUCACAGCUGCAUCAACCCACUCAUGCUGCUCAUCUUCGCCCAAAACUACCGUGACCGCCUUUGCCGCAAAAACAUGCUCAACAGCUCCCAGCAUUCUUCCAAGCUCACAGUCGUCAAACAAGAUGGUUCCAGUUCAACCAAUAACCCUAACUACCGCUUAACUGUCGUAUAAUCCCAAAGUCGGUGACCUUUUGUAGAUACACAAUGUUCUGCUGCUCACCUCAAAUGGAAGUAGCUUGAUGAAUGGUGUUGUCUAUGAAAUAACAUUCCCCAGCAUUUUCACAACUGGAAAUGGAUACCGUACGAAUGAGCCUGGGUAUAAAGCAUGAGCAGCAACUUCAGCCCUGAGUGAAAGAAGUGAAAUACAGGUCAUAUCAAAUGUUAUCAACCGAGAGUGCAAGAGAAAAAAGACACAGAUCUGCAGAGGAGAGCAAGCCCACUAAAGUAAAAAAUGAAAAAGGAACUAAGUGUCUCUGAGCCAGGGGGGACUUCAGCACUGACUUCACAGAUGCACAGAUGAGAAGGGACGCUGAGGAGCGACUCAGGUGUGGCUCUGUUUUUUUCUUCUGGACUGGGAGCUUUUUCAUCAAAACCUUUGUCGACCACAGGCUACCUCCAGUGUAAUGCUGGUCAGUCACAACCCUGAGGGGCAGCUUGUGGGAUCUGUCCCCGACAAACAUUCAACAUCACGUCUGUAUUAUUGUGAGGUUCACCAGUCGGAGUACGACACAGUGACUGGAGAGCUCGUGAUGAAAUCUGCUACCAGUUCAUAGCUGUGUGAGUUGUUUGAUGGAAAAAGAAAACAAAUCUGAACAUGUGACCUCUUUCAAAAACAAUCACUGGUCUCACUUUCUAAUAAGGAGGGACUUAUACGAUGUAACAAACGGCCUUAUUGUGGUUAACAUGUGAUGUCUUUAUUUUUUUUUAGCGCAGUUAUCAGCGAGUAAUAAUAAUAAGUGAGGACCUUUAAAUGGUGCAAAAUCCAAAUAGCAGAUUUUUAUCUCGUCUAUUUUAGAAUAAUGCCAUUAUACAUGUUGGUAAACCCCAGCCAGUUAUGAAUGGUAUAAGUCAUUAAGUUUGUCUGUUUUUGUCAAUAAAUAGAUUUUGGUCCAGAGCAUCCACCACAUUUUUGAUAUAGUUUUCACAACAUGGCAGCCCAAGAUGUGUAUUCAUCAUUUUAUUAUACAGAAUUAUAACUCAUUGGUAUAUUACAAUUUAACUGUUAUUAAACCUAAGAUAUUCAUGUCACAUACUCUACAGUGGUUUCCAGUUUGCAUAAUCAAUCCAUAUUUUACAGCUGA